AUGAAAUAUUUAACGUUGCUCUUGUUGCAGGUUAUACUUGUGGUUGCAUCUAGUGGGCUUGUAGAGAAGCUCCAGAGUGUAGAUCGAUUACUUUCAACGGAAGGACCUACGAUAAAUGUUUUCGAACGAUAUGAGGAUCUCGUGAGAGAAAUGGAGAAUGCUAGAAAGGAAGGAGACGAAGGUGAGGACAGCACUGUUGUGCUGCAGUUGUCUAAGCUCUACUUCAAAAAGGCAUUGGUGGCUCUUUCGCUCAACAAGCAAAAUUCUGCCAUAUAUGACCUCCGCACAUGCUUGAGCUUGGAUCCUAUGAUGAAGCCAGCCAGAAAGAGGCUCGUGGAUUUGUACAUGGAAAAGGGGGACUUCGAAUCGGUGGAGUUGAUGUUGAGUGAGGACCAUCUAAAGGAUGAUCCUUCAUUCACGGAGACCUCCAGUAAAAUUCACCAGUACAAGGAAUCUCUUGCAAAUGCUAAACAUUGGUUAGCUAGUGAUGAAGCUCAGAACUGCUUGGAUGAGUUGGAAAACAAUGUAAUACCCAUUUCUCCCAACAACCUUGAAGUUUACAAGCUUCACGUUGAAUGUGUCAGGGCCAAGGGAGAUCAAUUAUCCGACGACGAUUUCAGACAGAUCAUUCAAGACUACUCUCAAAUGAUCAAAUCACAACCAAUGAAGGUUGGGCUUGACGCCUAUGAUGAAGUUGCGUCCUAUUUACUCUUUAGUCAGAACGAAUUCGAAAAAUCGUGGGCUAUAGUGAAAAACUGCUUAAGGAUUGAUAACGAUUUCAAGAAGUGUGGGAACAAGUCCAAAUUCUAUUUCAAAUUCCAAGAAUUUUUCAAGAUAUUGGAGAGAUAUUCGAUUAUAAAUGGGUACUAUUAUAUGGAAAAUGCAGACGCUUCACUGGGCCUGGUGGAAGACAGCUUAUUGGUCAACGACGAGGAAUUCAAGUGGGUAUAUCAUUUUUUGUUCAAGGACAACUUGAAGGUUAGCAAUAGAGAAAAGAGAAGUUUACCAUACUCAAUUACAAAUAACUACGAGUAUUUGAGGGAAAUGUUUAAUAAUUUUGUCAAGGAAGAGAAAUUGGAGCAAUCCGCCGAUAAACUUAAUUUCAUGGAUCAACUUGCAAAAUUAGGAUGUGAAGCGUCAGUUGUUCAAGGAGCUACUGGCAGCUAUUGCGAAGAUGUUAAAGACAACGAUUCUAAUCCUUUCUUACCACUUUAUUUGAAAAAGAUCGAUAAAUUGAUUAGAAAGAAAAAUUUUGCUGAAGCUGAUGCGUUAAUGCAAAAGUUUAAUAAGAAUUUACAGCAAUCCAGGCAAUUCCAGGAUCGCUAUAGCCACAUCGAAAAUCACAACAGAAUGGAGCAACAGCGUCAACAGAGAGAACAUCAACGUCAGCAGCAUGAACAGCAGCAAAGAUUCCACCAACAGCAGCAGCAACAACAGCAGCAGCAGCAGCAGUUUGGAGAUGUUGAUUAUUAUAAGGUAUUGGAUAUUUCGAAGGAUGCAGACGAAAAGACUAUUAAAAAGGCUCAUCGUACACAAACAUUAAAGUAUCAUCCAGAUAAAUACAAGGGAACUGACUUUACUGCUGAGGAAAUCGAAGCCAAGAUGCAAGAAAUCAAUAUGGCAUAUGAGGUCUUAGGUAAUAAGGAAACCAGAGAGCAAUACGACAAUCCAAAUCGUGGAGGCGGCGGUGGAGGCUUUGGUGGUGGUAAUCCGUUCGGUGGUGGAGGUUUUGGAGGUUUUGAUAGCAGCUUCUUCAACCAGUUUGGCGGAGGAGGAGGCUUCCAGUUCGGUGGGAACGGAGGUCCAAAAGUAAAGUUCCAAAGAGGCCGGUAA